GUGGAUCGUUUGAGCCCCAGGAGGUUGAGGCUGCAGUGAGCCGUGUUCUCACCACUGCACUCCAGCAGCCUGGGUGGCAGAGCAAGACCAAGAAGAGCAAUACACUGUCUCUUAAAGAAGGAAAGAAAAGAAAAUAUUCAGAAAAAAAAUGGGGAAUCAAGGAUUUUCUUUUGCUUUGUGGCCGGAUUUUCUUACUGCUUGCUCUUCUUACUGUAAUUAUUUCUGUGACUACCUCGUGGCUUAACUCAUUUAAAUCUUCCCAAGUUUAUCUGAAGGAAGAAGAAGAAAAGAAUAAGAAAAGACAAAAACUUGUGAGAAAAAAACAACAAGAGGCACAAGGAGAGAAGGCCAGCAGAUACAUAGAGAACGUUUUAAAACCUCACCAGGAAAUGAAAUUGAGAAAACUGGAGGAGCGCUUUUAUCAAAUGACGGGUGAAGCCUGGAAAUUAAGCAGUGGUCACAAACUUGGGGGUGAUGAAGGUACAAGUCAGACAUCUUUUGAAACAUCAAAUAGAGAAGCAGCAAAGAGCCAGAACUUGCCUCAACCUGUAACUGAAUUUCCAUCUCCUGCUGAACAGCCCACAUGCAAGGAGAUUCCUGAUUUACCUGAAGAACCUUCUCAAACAGCAGAAGUCGUUACUGUUGCUCUCCGAUGUCCCAGUGGGAAUGUCCUGAGGAGAAGGUUUUUGAAGUCCUGCAGCUCACAGGUCUUACUUGACUGGAUGAUGAGAAUUGGGUACCACACAUCUCUAUACAGCCUUUCUACUUCCUUUCCCAGACGGCCUCUGGCAGUGGAGGGGGGCCAGUCGCUGGAGGACAUAGGAAUAACUGUGGACACUGUGCUCAUCCUGGAAGAGAAGGAGCAGACCAACUAGGAAAGAAGUCUGAGACCAGCCUGGGUAACAUGGCGAAACCCAGUCUCUACAUGCUCCCUGUUCUGCUUGAAGUCAGCUGUGCCAUGACCUCCUGGCACAAUAAAGGCUUCACGAUAAAACCACACCAUACCUUGAUUGAGCUUAUGGCAGUAAACAUUGAACAUUGAUAUCCAUGGGAAUAGGAUUAGAAAAGGAUUGCUUUCUGCAUAUAAUCAUCUGUGGACUGUGCCAUUUUACAAUGUACCAAAUGAGAACGAGGUAAAAAUGUAAAUGAGGUAAAAAUGUAUGCAGUAAGGCACUCCGUAAUUGGUAUUUUUUUCCCAGCUGACAUUAUUUCUCAGUGUUAGAAAACAAACCCAUAGAACUUUGCUUUUUGCCUCUUCAAUCCGUCUUACCACACAAUAUUUCAUGAUUCAGUCAAAUUUUUCAAAGUCUUAUAAGCAGGAAUGUUUAUUCUGCUGUAUUUCUGUGAAAUUAAAAACUUGGAAGAAGCUUUAAAGCUCUUGGAGGCUUUCAAUUUCUUUCUGAUGGGUAUAUAUUAGUUUACUUAACUAAUGUUUGCGAUUUACAUAAUUUUGACUUGUAUUAAAUGUUACAUUUACAAAGUUCCAAAUGAAUCAGUAUUUUUAAAAAUAAAACUAUGAAAGCAUUAAAAUAUAGGUGAAUU